CUAUGGCUGAUAAUGUCUGAAAGUGGGGAUUACGCACAACAUUUGUGUAUACCGUUCCAUACGAUUCUAUACUACAAAAAUUAUUAAUAAACAAUUAAGUAAAAAAUAUUUAAAAAUCAGAAGAAAACAUUCUGAAAAUUGAGGAUACAAUUCAUAUUUAUUAAUUAUAAAAGAAACUACGUUGUUAAAAACGCAAAAACGUAUCCAAAGAUGGAAAACAGUGGUGAGAGUGGCGACGAUGGAGGUCCACUAGGUUCAUCUUCUUUUCUUGGAGAUGGAGGAAUAGCCGGUAAUUAUAUCGGUGGCGAUUUAGAAGAUGAUCCAGAAAAUACAGACGAUUCUAAUCAUGGAGGUAGUGAUCCAUUACAAGGUGGAGAACGUGGAGGACGUGCUGGACCUCUACGUGAACAAGAUCGUUUCUUACCGAUAGCAAAUGUAGCAAAAAUUAUGAAGAGAGCAAUUCCUGAAUCGGGGAAAAUAGCAAAGGAUGCACGUGAGUGUGUACAAGAAUGUGUUUCAGAAUUUAUAUCAUUUAUCACAUCGGAAGCAAGCGACAGAUGUCAUAUGGAAAAACGAAAAACAAUUAACGGUGAGGAUAUACUAUUUGCAAUGACAACACUUGGUUUUGAUAAUUAUGUUGAACCAUUGAAACUUUAUCUACAAAAAUAUCGUGAAGCAACAAAAGGUGAUAAUCCACCGGGAACAACGUCAGGCAAUGGCGAUAGAAAAAGUGAAUCGGCUCAUUCAACAAUAUAUGAGGAACAACUGUUCACCAUUCAAGCGGCACCUGACGCAACAACCUCAGAUACACCUGUUAUUUAUAGUUAUUCCACCUCCGAUCAGAUGCACUUCCAAUUAUCUUGAUUGUCAACAUAUGGCACACCUCUAACUUCCUUUCUUUGAAAAAGUAAAUAGACAUUUAAAUUAAAGAGAGAGGGAGAGAGAAAGAAAAGAAGUAUAUAUGUGGGGAAAAAAAAUGAAUCUUUUUCUAGACGCGAGUGAAUGAAAGAAUUUGAAUAAAAAUUCACCUUAUGUAUAGGGUAGUGCGACAAUAUAUUUUCUUUUUUAAAUUUGAGUCGAAUCAAAAAGACUGAUGUAUCUUGCCAGCAGUAAAAAAAAAAAAGAGAAAGACAAGAAAAUUAUUGGCAAGAUGAAAAAUUAAUUGUCGCAUAACCUUAACUGCCGUCGCAAAGUUUGGAGCAAUUUUUUUUUUUUUUUUUUUUUGCACAGAAUUUAAUUUUUUUUAUAAUUCGUCUUCGAAUUUUGUAACAGUGGUUUGUCAGUAUUCCUUAGAGUGUUAGAUUAAAUUUCAAUCCAGAAAAAAAAUUCAAAGGAAUAAAUUUUAACAAAAAAAAAAAUUAGUUGUUUUUUAAGAUUUAAAAAGACAACAUGUUUCUGAAUGACUUGAAGAAAAAAAAUUAUUUAAAAAUAAUGGGGUUUCAUAAUAGAAACCUGUUAAUAAAUAUACAAAGAAUUAGAAAACA